AUGAAGGAGUUUGCAAGGAUAGCACGCUACUGUUUACACACUGAACCAAAACAACGCCCUGCCAUGGCCGAGGUUGUGGUCAAGCUCGAGUCUAUUCUUUCACAAGAAACGGAAAUUGCCAAUUCUGAUGAUAGUGAAGAAGGAUUUAUUUACAAGCUAAGAUCACUUUUCACGGGCAAAGUUGAUGAUGCAAUAGAAAGCAAAUACGAUUUCAGCAGGUACCAUGACUUGAUACGAAUCGAAGUUGAUACUGCAAUAGGAAGCAGUAAGGAUGGAAGUUUUAGAACAUUCACAUAUUCUGAAUUGGCAAGUGCAACAAAUGAUUUCAUGGAGGAGGUGCUUUCCCCAACUCUAAAUGAAUCCAUUUACAAAGGAUGGGUCGAUGAAAGGACAUAUGCCCCAACAAAAUGUGGCAUUGGUUUGCCGAUAUAUGUUAGGAAGAUCGUGAGUCUCUCACAGAAGAAGGUCAUCAAACUAAAAAACUUCAAUCAUUCCAAGUUUGUAAAACUCUUGGGAUAUUGCUGCAACAAGGAAGAACUGUUUUGUGUUUAUGAGUUCAUUCAUGGCAAAAGUUUGGAUAAAUAUCUUUACAGAGAGCAAGCUACAACUUCACUUUCUUGGCUUGCACGAUUGAACAUAGCAAUAGGAGCAGCUGAAAGCCUGUUAUAUUUACAUAAGAGGAACCAGGCAGCAUAUAGCCAAUUUAAAACCAGUCACAUAUUGGUGGAUACGGAUUUUAAUGCUCGGCUUUCGGAUUUUUCUUUUGUUUCUUACUCAUUCCAAAUUGAUCGAUAUUAUGCUGCCCCUGAAUGGUUUCGUUACCGAGCAGAUAGAUUUGAGAGCCUUUUCCAGGAAGAAGACACAUUUGUUAGUCUUCAUGGACUAUCACCUGCAGAUGAUUUUACGAUGAAAAAUGAGAUCUAUGCUUUUGGAGUGGUGCUGCUGGAAAUACUAACCGGGAUGAUGGUGUAUGAUGAGGAGAGACCUGUCGGAAAGGAAAAUUUGGUGGAAUGGGCUAUGCCAUUGUUAGCAAAUGAGGUAAAUCUUAGAAUGAUUAUGGACCCACAACUUCAACAUAACGAUUGUCCUCCAAAAGGAGCAUUCAAGUUGGCUCAACUUGUUUUAAACUGUCUUCAUGGUAAAAAAGAUGAACGCCCCUCAAUGGAAGAAAUUUUGCUGGUGUUGAAUCAAUGUUAUCAAGAAGAAAUCGAAAGAGUUUGA